AAAAAUUUCUCCACUGACACGUUCAGUUACAUUUUGAUUGAAUACUGCUAUUGUUGGACAUUUUAUUUUAUACUGACAAGAUGUGAAGGCCAAAAGAAAUUUAUAAUUUCCUUAAUUUUCAAUGAAGUGUGAAAUAAUACGAAGGUGUUCAUAAUGAGUGAAAAUGAAAUAGCAUAUGUAGGUGAUAUGGAAGAAAAAGGAAUUGAGAGACGUGGACGGAUUAAGGCUUUGAAAAGGAAAUUUAACCAGGCCGAGAAAACUGAUGAAACAUCUUUGAAGAAUGACACUGAGAAUAGCGUUGAUUCCGUAGAACUAACAGAAAUUCCUCUACCUAAACCAGUAUUUCGGAGCUACAGACCUCAACAUGAUUCCUUAAACUCUUUUGUGCUCGAGAAUGCCAAGCCUGAAUCAGUGGAUGAACAAAUCCAAGACCACCUUGCUGCAGGAAAACCAGAACCACUUAUCCAAGAAGUAGAUCUAGCAACAUUAGCGCCAAGAAAACCAGAUUGGGAUUUGAAACGAGAUGUUGCCAAAAAGUUAGAAAAAUUGGAGAGAAAGACUCAACGAGCUAUUGCUGAACUAAUACGAGAACGACUGAAAUCGGGAGAUGAUGAUGAUUUAGCUAAUGUUGUGAAUGUUGGAGCUAAUGUAAGAGAAGCUCAAGAUGUAGAUUCUGAUGAAGAUUGAAAAUACUGUAAAUAAUAUUUUUUCUUUUUCAACAGUAAGUUGUAUAUACACGUAUGCUGCAAAAUAAACACUGGUUCACCAUUUUG